GUCUCCAUUGCUCACACCGGCUGUACACAAUUUCGAUUCCAUAGUAUCACGAUGAGGGGCUGUUUCUUCCUGCAGCUAUAGUUUACACUUGGAGGGGCGGUAACGCAAGCGUGUAGUGGGCAGGAACUUUGCCAGGUCCCCACUUCAAUCCUUCAAUCUCCCGGUCGAGCCGAGCGGAAACGGGAUCUUGUGAGGCCCUAGCUGUCGCUUUUAAUCAGGACGUAGAUCAAGCUAGGUUACUGCAGGAUUGUUAUUGCCGAACAGCUUGAGAAGGCAGGAAGGAAGUCUUGUGAUCAGACCCGUCAGCAGCAAGACAGCUUGGCGAUCGGCGCCAGAGGCGUCGAUGGCUAGCACCUCAAAGCGGCAGCAGAGGCGGCCUUGCUUGCCAUCUGCCGCGCUUUGCGCGCUUGUGGUGGCAGCUAGCUUGGGCAGCGCGCUCGUCCGCUGCCAGACGGGAGGGUUCGGGUCCCCAUCUCCAGGCCCAGGCCAGUGCGACGCUUCGGGGCCCAGGCAGGAGUGUGGAUGGAAUGGCAUUGAGGACUGGAAGUGCGCUUCCAAGGGCUGCUGCUAUGAUGGCAAGACUCCCACUGAGGUUGGCACAGCCAAUGUGAAGUACACAGCGCCCGUAUGCUUCAAGCCAAACGGCGGUGCCAGCACCUACGAUCUGUCUGGAGGCUUCACGGCAGCAGCCAAUGGGAAUGGGCUUCAGGGCACGCUCAAGCAGAGCGGUACAGGAACGCAGCCAGAAUUAGGGCCUGACAUCAAGACCCUGACCAUACUGGUGGAGAAUGUCACUCCCGACAUCCUGCAUGCAAAGAUUGGCGCACCAGGGCGAUGGGAGAUCCCGAAGAGCAUCUUCCUGACACCCAACGUCACAGCGUCCAACGGUCCUGCAAACUACCAGUUCAACUAUAGUGCUUCGCCCUUCACCUUUGCUGUGGCUCGCGCCGACAGCAAUGGCGAAGCGCUCUUCAACACUGUUGGCACACGCCUUGUGAUCAAGGACCAGUACAUGGAGAUCUCCACCACAGUGCCAGAGACUGCUGCCCUGUAUGGCCUUGGCGAGCGGACAUCCUCCACUGGUCUGGAGCUGCGCCGUGAUGGCAUUCCCCUCGCCCUGUGGAACCGCGACCACCAGGCAGCCCUGCCUGACCAGAAUGUCUAUGGCUCACACCCAAUUCUGAUGGAUGUCCGUGAAGAUGGCUCAGCGCAUGGCGUGCUGCUCCUCAACAGCAAUGCCAUGGACGUCGUGCUGACAAAGACAAGAGUGCAGUGGAGAGUCACUGGUGGCGUGCUGGACUUCUACUUCCUGAUGGGUCCCACUCCCAAUGCAGUCCUGGACCAGCUGACUACCAUCAUUGGCCGUCCUGUGAUGCCUCCAUACUGGAGUCUGGGGCUGAUGAACAGCAAAUACGGAUAUGGCUCCGCAGAGUUCUACCACCAGAUCCUCAACGGCUAUGGAAAUGCUAGCAUUCCCUUGGAGACCUUCGUGUCAGACUCCCAGUACAUGAACCAUGAUGAGGACUUUACCCUCGGCGACAAGUUCCCUCUUGCUGAGAUGAAGGAUUUCAUGAACAGAAUCAAGGCACAGGGCCAGCGCUGGGUUCCCAUUCUGGACCCGAACAUCCACAUCAGGAAGGGCUACGCACCGUAUGACAGCGGCAUCAAGCAGGACAUUUUUAUGAAGGAUGUCUCAGGGAAGCCGUAUGUUGGGCAGCUUUGGCCUGGAGCGUGCCAUUGGCCUGAUUUCAAGAAUCCCAAUGCAACUACAUGGUGGACCAGCAUGAUCAAGAGCGUGUACGACGAUUUGAAGCUGGAUGGCCUCUGGAUUGACAUGAAUGAGCCCUCCAACUACUGCACAGGAGAUGUGUGCUGGAACGACGACACUGUGCCGGCGCGCAAUGACUUCGUCUGCAUGCUGGGCUGUGUCAGCGGGAGGGACCAGGUGAUGGCCACAGCUGGCAACAAGAGCAUCACGCUCAACGAGAGCUACUUCAACCCGCCGUACGCCAUUAACAACGGCGACAAUGCGUACAACAUUAGCUACAAGACUGUCGCGAUCACAGCAUACCACUACGAUGGCACCCUGGUGUACAACGCGCACAACCUCUACGGCAUGCUUGAGACUCUGGCAACCGCUUCUGCCCUCCAGAAGCUGCGCAACAAGCGCCAGUUCAUCCUGACCAGGUCUACUUUCCUGGGCUCUGGAGCUUACGCAGCCCACUGGACUGGGGACACCAAUUCCAAGUGGGAGGACAUGCGCUGGUCGAUCCCCACCAUCCUGAACAACGGCAUUGCCGGCAUCUCCUUCUCCGGAGCAGACAUCUGCGGGUUCAUGAUGAAGGCCACUGACGAGCUGUGCUCCCGCUGGGCCGCUGUUGGCGCCUUCUACCCCUAUGCGCGCAACCACCACUCUGACGGCUGGCAGGAGUUCUUCAGGUGGGAGUCCACAUCUACAGUGGCAAGGAAAGUGCUGGCGACGCGCUACAGGCUGCUGCCAUACCUCUACACCGCAUUCUUUGACUCGCACACCUACGGGUGCCCUGUCGCGCGGCCGCUGUUCUUCACCUUCCCUGCCGACAACACCACGCGCAACAUCGGCGAGCAGUGGAUGAUGGGCGACGCUCUGCUGGUGUCUCCCAUCAUGUAUGAGAAGACCACCUCGGUUCGCGCCUACUUCCCCCAGGGCACCUGGUACGAUUUCUACAGCGGCCGCGUCCUGGACGCUUCUGCCGGCGGCAAGUGGGACUACGUCUCGGUGAGUGUCAUUCCUAAGCCACCAUUUAGGAAAUGCUGUUGUCCCUGCCUUCCUUUUGCCGUUUCUGUUCCAGGUAUGAGCAUGUGA